AUGAAGCGCUCACCAGUAUCACAUGCAGCUGGGAAACGUCUUUGUGACUUCAUCAAAGACAAAGAGCACCUCGAGUGUGGGCGUGGUAUUCAUUAUUAUACCAUUAAUAAUGACAGCGAUACUUGGAUGUGGUUUUAUAUGGAUAGAAGAACUGACAGUGCUGGACGCCAGGAACUGUGGCCGGUGAAACCGCAAGAGUUUCUGCCGGAGCGAACUUUCGAAUGGCGACGAUAUCUCUACUUAGUCGUACAUGGACGUCUCAACGAGGACGGGUCUUAUCCGAACAUUUUAAACGGGUCAUACUUGGACGAAAUAGCGCGAAUGGAGGCCGAUUUAGCAGCUAAUAUUACCUUUAACGAGCCAACCACAAUGGGAAAUGAAAAGGACACCUUUGCCCAUGACUCUUGCAUAACUACGGCGAAUGCUACGGAGAUAAGCAACAUGAUCAGGCUACUGCAACGGCGUCAUGAGUUGGAGGCAAAAGGCAUCACUGUCACCUAUCCUCAAGCGAAUACCGGAGGUACACCAAUAUAUUUAGCGUUCAAUAUCGGUGGUGUCGAUACAUUUCCGAACGACACGAUCAAGAGCGUGCAUGCGAUGAGGAUUUGGUACUUCCUGAGAUUCGACACACCGACACUGGACGCCAUGGCCAAGGAAUGGGAGGAGGCUGGUGCAAAGUAUGUCAGAGAAAAAUACGGCGAUAACCCACUGAUAAAGUGUCACAUCAAACACUCGCGAAUCGUGGAUCAGGGCCUC